AUGUCCUUCCAGGAUCACGGCAAAAGAGGCAUCUUCGACUUCUUGGAGGAAUUCUUCCAACACAAGGGUAAAACCACCCCCACCGGCUCCAAAUACUCACAGGAUGGCAAAUGUGGUCCCAACAAUGGCAAUCUCUUGUGUGAUCCUGAUAGCACGGCAUACAAAGGAACAUGCUGUUCUUCAUAUGGAUGGUGCGGUGACACUCCUGCCCAUUGUGGAAGCGGCUGUUCCUCUGGCUGUUCUUCUAGUUCAGCUGUCAAGCCUUCUGUUACAACUUCGAGUUCAGCAGCUGCUAAGCUUCCUGUCUCAAGUUCGACCAUCGUCAGAGCAGCACCUUCCGCGUCCGGUGCUGCUCCUCGGGAUGACGGUAGAUGUGGUCCUGACUUCAACAAUGCAUUGUGUGAUCCGAAUGGCGCAUACGGUGGCUGUUGCUCCUCUUAUGGAUACUGCGGCAAUACCGAUAGCCACUGCUUGGCUGCCAAUGGAUGCAUUUCUGGCUGUAAGAGCGCAGCAUCGACAAGCGCACCUCCGACUUCUGCGGUCAUAUCGUCCGUCGCUCCUUCCAACGUAGUUUCGGCUGCUCCUUCAAGCACGACUGGUGAGCCGAUCAUAUCGGCAGCGUCCUCCUCUGCUGGUAGUGCCCCUACAGGUACAGUGACUAAGGAUGGCACUUGCGGUGCUACCUAUGACAACACUGUCUGUGGUGACUGGACUCAAGGUAGCUGCUGCUCUAUGUAUGGAUACUGCGGGAACAGCACUGCUCAUUGUGGAGAUGGAUGCCAGAGUGGGCCUUGUCUGAACGGCGCCGUCGUCGCAGCUCCUGGACCCAGUCCUGCACCUGUUAAUGCUAAUCCUGGAUCCUUCAACAUCGUCGGCGAUAGUGGGGCUCCUGCUAUGCAUGCCGGCCUCCUCCCCAACGGCAAAGUGGUCUUCCUUGACAAAGUGGAGAACUAUACACAGAUCAAGCUUCCCAAUGGCCAGUACGCAUACUCUACCGAGUACGAUCCUGCUACCAAUAAAUACACUCCUUUGGCGUACAAGACUAAUGCCUUCUGCGCCGGUGGUUCCUUCCUCGCUAAUGGGCAAUUCAUCUCUCUCGGUGGUAACGCUCCCCUGGACUUCAUUGACCCUACUGUGGGAGAUGGCUUUGACGCCAUCCGUUAUCUGACCCGUUCUCCUUCUGACGCUUCGCUGGAUGGGCAAGAUUGGAGUGAGCCGGGCAACAAACUCAGCAGUAAGCGAUGGUAUCCCUCAGUACAAACACUUCCCGAUGGCAGACUCUUUGUUGCCAGUGGAUCUUUGAACGGGCUCGACCCCACCGUGCCUGCCAACAACAACCCGACGUACGAAAUUCUGGACAAGAAUGGCAAGUCAUCUGGUUUCUCGAUCCCUAUGGAGAUUCUGGUCAAGAACCAACCUUACUACAUGUACCCAUUCAUGCACCAGCUCAAGGACGGCUCGCUUUUCGUCUUUGUCUCUAAGUCAUCGGAACUCUUCAACGUCGACACCAACACCACCGUAAGGACUUUUGCAGAUCUUCCUGGCGACUACCGCACCUACCCCAAUACUGGCGGCUCGGUCCUGCUUCCUCUGUCCUCUGCAAACGACUGGAACCCCGAUAUCGUCAUCUGCGGCGGCGGUGCAUACCAAGACAUUACUUCGCCCACCGACCCCAGCUGCGGCCGCAUACAACCUCUCUCCACAAACGCCAGAUGGGAAAUGGACGCAAUGCCCCAAGGCCGCGGCAUGGUAGAAGGCACGCUGCUACCAGAUGGCACAGUCGUCUUCGUCAACGGCGGCAACGAAGGCGCCCAAGGCUUUGGCCUCGCCCGCGAUCCAACCUUCGAAGCCCUGAUCUACGAUCCGGCCAAACCUCUCGGUCAACGCUUCACCACCGGCGCCUCAUCCACUAUCCCUCGCCUCUAUCACUCCGUAGCUCUGCUGCUUCUUGACGGCACUUUGAUGGUCGCAGGCUCGAACCCAGUCGAGCAACCCAUCCUCAAACCCACCACCCAAGAUCCCUACGUCACUGAAUUUCGUGUCGAGAUCUACACACCUCCCUACCUGAGCGGCGACAACGCGAACAAGCGGCCCACAAACAUUGCCUUGUCCUCAAAGUCCCUCCAAGCAAACUCCCAAACCUUCAACAUCGAGUUUAGGGUCCCUGUGGGUGCCAAAAGCGUCAAGGUGUCGCUGUACCACGGAGGUUUUGUCACGCAUUCUGUGCACAUGAGUCACCGUAUGUUGUUCUUGGAUACUGUGGGUUGGAAGGAUGGGGCUGCGCAGCAGACACUUACUGUGACUAUGCCGCCGAGUGCCAACAUUGCGCCUCCCGGUCCGUAUGUGGUGUAUGUGGUUGUGGAUGGUGUGCCUGGUAUCGGUCAGUUUGUGCAGGUGUCUUGA